UAAACCUGAGCAAGUCAAUGUUGAAGAGGGAGAUUAUGUUUCCCUGUCCUCUGGUGUUACUGAAAUACAAGAAGGAGAUCAGAUGCUGUGGACGUUUCAAGAUGAAUCUAUUGCUAAAAUGAGUAAAAAAGACAAGAAGAAGACCUAUUGCUAUCAUAAUAAGAGAUUCAGAAGCAGAUUGCAGCUGGAUCCUCAGACUGGAUCUCUGAUCAUCAGAAACUUCAGAAAAACAGACUCUGGACUCUAUCAACUACAGAUCAAAAGCAAAAGAGGGCAAUCAUACAGAAAAUAUCAAGUCACUGUCUGUGGUGAAGUGACAACGAUGCCAGUGAAGGAGAGAGAUAAUGUCACUCUAAAGAUUGAUUUUCAGCUGGAGAGAGGGGAUGAUAUGAAGUGGUGGUUUAGAGAUGAAAUGUGCAUAGCUUCUUUAAGAAAAGAGGACGAGGGGAUGAAAUGUAUACAUCUUGCUGGUGGGAGAUUUAAAAACAGACUGGAACUAGAUAAAACUGGAUCUCUGACCAUCAAGAACAUCAGACCUGAACACAUUGGAUUUUAUGAAGUGGUAACAGAAAUUAAAAACAUGAAAUUCAGUGUCAUUUCUGAUGAUAUCCAGACAGGUCAUGGAGCAAGACAAGAUGUGUUCAUAGAAAAAGAUGAAAUGAAGACCGUGUCAGUGAAGGAGGGAGAAACUCUCAAAUUAAGCACUGAUACUGAAAUACAGGCAUAUGAUGAAAUAGUCUUAAUGUUUGGAUCAAAAACACGCCCAUAUGAAAUUAUAGCUAGAUUCAGUGUCGAGGACAAAGAUGAAUUUAAAACUGCGUCGAAGAGAUUGAUAGAGAGACUGAAUCUGGAUCGCACUGGAUUUCACACCAUCACAAUCACAAGCAUCAUGUUCUCAGACUGUGGAGAUUAUUAUGUGCAGAUCACCAACAAGAGAAAUGAGAGCUUCAAGUCAUUCACGUUCACUGUUGUUCCCGAUGGUGUGUUUAGUUGUGAAGAAGUGCAGUCAGUGUCAGUGAUGAAGGGAUGUCAUGUCACUCUAAACCCUGAUCUCACUCAAAUACAGAAUGAUGAUCUGAUAGUGUGGACAUUUGGACAUGAAGGCAAGCUGAUAGCUAAAAGUGAUGAAAAGAAAUUUAGAGACAGACUGGAGCUGGAUCAUCAGACCGGAUCUCUGAUCAUCAUGCGCACCGAAAUCUCAGACUCUGGACUUUAUGAACUAAAGAUAAUCAGAAACACACAGAUGACGUUCAGGAAAUUCAUUUUGACUGUUCAAUGUGAGUAA